UCUAAUCAGUGGACACCUCAACAAUGUGUGCCUGAAUUUACAUUCCAAGGAAUUCGUGCUUUCAGUCUUAGCAUUCCGAGAAAACAACAAGUGGAAGUGUUUGUGGACGGAAAUCCGGUAAAGAUUGAGCAAGGAAGCGCCGUUAUUCAAGCCUGCGAAAAAGCUGGUUAUACGAUACCUCGCUUUUGUUAUCAUGAGCGGUUAUCCGUUGCUGGCAAUUGUCGAAUGUGUCUUGUUGAGUUAGAAAGGUCACCAAAACCUAUUGCAUCGUGUGCAAUGCCUGUUAUGCCUGGGAUGAAAAUCAAAACUGAUACUCCACUAGUAAAAAGAGCCCGUGAAGGUGUUAUGGAAUUUCUUUUGGCCAAUCAUCCAUUAGAUUGUCCGAUAUGCGACCAGGGCGGUGAAUGUGAUUUGCAGGAUCAAUCAAUAAGAUAUGGAAGUGAUCGAAGUAGAUUUCAUGAAGUAAUCGGAAAACGAGCCGUAGAAGACAAAGAUUUUGGACCUUUAAUAAAAACAUCCAUGAAUAGAUGUAUUCAUUGUACACGUUGCGUACGGUUUGCUAAUGAAGUCGCCGGUGUUCCUGAAUUAGGCACAACUGGCAGAGGCAGCGAAAUGCAAAUAAGCACGUACAUUGAAAGUACAUUGGACUCCGAAAUGUCAGCCAAUGUCAUUGAUUUAUGUCCUGUUGGAGCUUUGACCGCCAAACCGUAUGCAUUUUCAUACCGUUCUUGGGAACUGAAAGGUACUGAAACAAUCGAUGUCCUAGAUGCUAUCGGUAGCAAUAUCAGAGUCGAUACUCGUGGAGUUGAGGUCAUGCGUGUCCUGCCAAGAAUUAAUGAUGAAAUAAAUGAAGAAUGGAUUUCUGAUAAAACGAGAUUUGCAUUUGACGGACUUAAAAGACAACGACUUACUACUCCAUUAAUUCGACAGGGAGAUAAAUUUAUUCCUAUAUCGUGGAACGAAGCAUUGUCAUGUGUAGCAAAAGAAAUCCAUAAAGUUAAAGGAACAGAAGCUAAAGCGAUUGCUGGACAACUUGUAGAUGUAGAAAGUUUGGUCGCCCUCAAGGAUUUAUUCAACAGUUUUGGUAGUGAUAAUUUCGCUAUCGACAGUCCUAAUGGUUCUAAGAUGCCUACUCAUGGAGUUGAUUUCAGAUCCAAUUACUUAUUGAACAGCAAAAUUGCCGGAGUUGAGAAGGCUGACGUGCUUUUAUUAGUUGGUACAAAUCCACGCCAUGAAGGUCCAAUUCUUAAUACCAGAAUUCUAAAAAGCUAUCUAAACAAUGGCCUAGAUGUUGGACUUAUAGGUCAUACGGCAGAUACAACCUAUGAAUAUGAUCAUAUUGGUGCAACCAGUCAUCCAGCUGCUUACGAUAUUGGAUUUAUACCUUCACACGCGUCAUCCCAAACAACACCAAAAUUCAUCUACCUGUUAGGAGCAGAUGAAAUUAGGCCUCAUGAUAUUCCAAAAGAUGCAUUUGUAGUAUAUCAAGGGCAUCAUGGUGAUGUAGGAGCUCAUUAUGCUGAUAUAGUUCUUCCUGGA